AUGACCCCCCAUCCCGCUCAACAAACAGCAACAACAACAACGAAACGACCAUCAACUGCUUUAGCCACUAUAUCUUAUGCAAACGAUAAUGAAACAGAUUUAAUGGAUAAUCAACGAUGCGAUACUGAUUUAGCACAAACAUCGGCAUCAUCUCCGUCCGCCGAUGCAACAUUAACAGAUAAUCUAGAAGAACCAUCAUCAAACACAUUUUCUCUAGAAUCAUUUGAUUAUAUGAAAACAGUUGGUACUGGAACAUUCGGUCGUGUGCAGUUAGUCAGACAUACAGAAUCAAAUACAUUUUAUGCUCUUAAAACAAUGUCAAUAAAACGUGUUAUUGAAUCGAAACAAGUGGAACAUGUUCGAAAUGAAAAAUAUAUAUUAGCCAAAAUAAAACAUCCAUUUAUCGUUGUACUACAAUGGGCCACCCACACUGAUCGACUAAUCUGUUUACUACUAGAAUAUUGUCCUGGUGGUGAAUUAUUUCAAAUGAUGAGAAAACGAGAAAAAUUUGAUGCAAAAACAGCUAUAUUUUACGCUAGCGAAGUAUUGUUAGCUCUCGAUUAUCUUCAUCACUUGGACAUUUUAUAUAGAGACUUAAAACCGGAAAAUAUUUUAUUAGAUUGUGAUGGACAUGUUCGUCUUGUCGACUUUGGUUUUGCUAAAGAAACACGUGAGCGAACUUUUACUCUAUGUGGCACAGUCGAUUACCUAGCACCAGAGGUUGUUCAAAAUCGUGGUCAUCACAAAGCAUCAGAUUGGUGGGCACUUGGAAUAUUGAUUUACGAAAUGUUAGCAGGAUAUCCGCCUUUUUAUAAUCAAGAUCAAUUUGUUACAUAUCAAAAAAUAUUAUCAGGAAAAAUUGAUUUUCCACGCUACUUUGACUAUGCAGCCAAACAAUUACUACGAAAAUUAUUAAAUGUCGAUCAACAAUCUCGAUUGGGUUCGGCAAGAAAUGGUGGUGAUGAGAUCAAACGUGAACAAUGGUUUGUUGGUGUUAAUUGGACAGACGUGAUAGAAUUGAAAUAUAAACCACCAAUUCGGCCGGUCGUCGCAAAUCCAGGUGAUACGACAAAUUUUGAUAGUUAUGAUGAAACUGACUUAAAAAUGAUUCCAGUAGCAACAAAAUAUGAAAUUCAAUUAUUUAAGGAUUUUUAA